AUGGAGCGGCAUUGCUGGAACAGCCAGGAGGCCAGUGUCACUGGCAUGGAAGAGGACAUGGCCGGGGACACCUGGAAAAGUAGAGUGGGCCAGGUAUCUGAUGACCUUGCUGAAAACAUCACACUAAAAACAUGGGAGCAAGUGUGCAGUUUUGCUUCACUCUUUCGGGUCCCAGGAUUCCACUGGGAGCCCGCUGUCAGCACCAGGGACAGCGCAGCAGCCUCCCUGGGAGCCUCCCUAGGAGUGGGCCUCUCCCAGGGUGAUCCAUCAUCACCCGCCGGCGUCACCGCCACCAUUCGCUGCCAAGAUCUGCCUGUGCAAAGGAGGAAGAUCUGGGCAGGGGGGACGGAACGGAUUUUAAUGACCACCGGCCGAGCUUCUCUGUUAAGACCUAGUACUGCAGGGAAAGGACGGUGGAGCAGGGAGGGAAUGGGGAGGAGGGGAAGGGCACCCCCUCCUCACUCCGGCCCCGCCCACGCCGGGCGCACAAGCGCAGAACUGACCUCGGGCGCACAGGCGCUGAGCCGGCAGCGCUCGUAUCGGUCCCGCCCCGCCCCUCCGCGCGCAGUCGUAGUUCGGCCCCGCCGUCCCGCCCCCAGCGCGCAGGCGCAAUGGCGCCGUGCCCCGGAAGUAGUGUGGCGCAGUCGGCCCCGGGGAAGCACGUGGGUCAUUUGGGAGCGCUGCGCAGCAUGGCUGGGACUCGGAGCUUACGGGGCGCGAGGGGCACGCGGGGAUCUCGGGCGGCGGCGGCGGCGGCGGAGGAGGAGGAGGCCGAGCUGCAGCCUGUCGAGGUGGCGGAGCAGGCGAUUGAGGAGGAGGAGGAGGAGGAGGCGGCGAUGGCGGACGCGGCGCGUGGGGCCGCGGGGGGCGGAGGCCUCGGCCUCGGAGGCCUCGGCCUCGGCCUCGGCGGCGCCGCUGCUGCAGCAGAGCCGGGACUUCCUGGACCUGUUCUGGGGCAUCGCCAAGCCGGCCCAGGAGGAGCGGCUGGCGGCCACGGCGGCGCUGGUGGAGCGUCUGCGGGAGCGCCCCCAGGAGGCCGAGCUCCAGUACGCCUUGAAGCGGCUCAUCGAGGGCCUGGGAGCCACCCGGGAGGCAGCGAGGCCAGGCUUCAGCCUGGCCCUGAGCCAGGUGUUACAGGUCUUAGAGGACGUCCCUUUGCAUGGUGUCUUGGAGCAGAUAAGAGAAAAGCACGACCUGCAGAAGAAGAAGCUCUCACGGAGAGCCGCCUUUGGGAACUUCUUUGGGGUCUUAGCGCUGUUUCAGUCGGGCCGCCUGAUAAAGGACCACAAGGUACUAGUGGAAGCUGUCCAGCUUCUGCAGACCCUGGCUCAACACCGAAACCACCUUCGGGACCUGCCUCACCGUACGCUGGUAGACAUCCUCUCAGAGAUCCCAGAGCCUGUGUUCAAGGAGGUCCUGUUCAGCGUCCUCCAGGCUGACUUCACCUUGGCCUUCAGCACCCCUGAGCAGCUUCAGCUCCUCCUGGUGGGGCUCCAGAGGUUCCCAGGUGUCCUGCAGCCCAAGAAACUGAAGAAGCUGCUGGGCUCAGCUUCUGUGGUCACCAAGGAGACCAUCCCCAGGUUGGUGGAAGUUCUGAAUAUUGCGGCUAAGUCUGUGAAGAAGGAGAAGGUGCUGCCCCCUGUGGGCUUGGAUCUCAUCCGCAUCGCCCUGCAGGAGGGCGCCUUUGAGCUCUUCUGGAAGGGUGUGGUGGAGGAGGGGCUUCUUGAGGAGCACUCCGGGCCUGGCAGUUACACGGCCUUCCGCCUGCUGGGCAGUGCCCUGCCCUUGCUGUCCGUGGAGCAACUCCGCAUGGUCCUCCGUGGAGAAGUGAUGCGUCGAUACGGAGACCAUGUGCUCUCAGCUCAGCUCCCUUCAAGAUUCAAGUUCGCCCCGGAGAUGGAGAAGUACGUGGGCUCCUUCCUGGAGGGCUGCGCAGACCCCGACAAGCAGCUGGCUGUGCUGGUGGCCUUCUCCUCCCUCACAAACCAGGGCUACCCGGUGGUGCCCAGCCUGUGGCCAGUGGUGAAACACCUACAGCCAGAGGCACUGAGGUGCUACAGCCGCUGGCUGCAGGACACGUUUCUGCGGCCCGACCUCAGCAGCUGCCUCGAGUUCAGCACAAGCCGCCAAAAGAAGAACGCCGCGGAAGACGAAAGCGGGCGUGUGGCAGCGGCCGAGAAGUCUGUGUUUCGCUUGCGGAAGUGGCUUAUCCAGAGACUGGCCAGCAUUGUGGAGAAUGCCCAGGUGACGAAGGAUGAGGCCUUCGUCAUGGGCAUAGCCAGGUUCUGCUUUUUUCAUUCAUUCUUUGAGACAAAGAAACCUUGCAAGGACAUUCCUGAGUCAGAGGAGCAAGUCUGUGUGCCGCUGGACAGUGAGACCAGAGAUGCCUCUGGGAGCUCCUUUUUUAGUUUGCUGCAGACCCUGAACUCCCUCCCCUUGCUGGGAGAAGCCCCCGAGGCGGUGCCAAGCCUGCCCAAAGGGAAGGUCGGCCACGGCGUGAUGGCAGAUGGCCAGCUCUGGACCCAGCACCUGGUGCAGUAUGCGGACCUCCUGCUGUCCCACAGUAAGAACGUCCGGCCCGUGAAGCCCUUCACUGCCAAGGAGAAGGCUGCCUGGGACCGGAUGUUGCAGUCCGCAGAUCGCCUGCAGCAGCGGGUCAAGGACAGCCGCGUGGCUGAGAUCACAGCCUUCCAGCAGCUCCUGCUCCUGGUGGGCAUCCACCUUUUCAAGGCUCCCAGUGAGUGUGUUGACCUGUUGAGUGACCUGCAGAGCUGCAUCGAGAAAGCCCUGGAUAAGAAGGCCAAGAAGGCAGCAGCUGGCACGGAGGAGCCCCAGUGGGUGGAGGUGAUGGUGGAGAUCCUGCUGGCGCUGCUGUCCCAGCCUAGCCGCCUCAUGCGCCAGGUCUCUCGCAGCGUGUUCGCCCGCAUCUGCCCGCACCUGAACCGGCGGGCCCUGCAGUUGAUCCUGGAUGUGCUGGACCCUGAUCAGGAGGAGGACGGGGCGGUGGUGGUCACGGAGGAGUCCGGCCAGAAGAGGCCAGCCACAGCUGGGGAGGAUGAGAGCGAGGAGGACUUGGCCAGUGACGAGGAUGAGGACGGCUCAGACAGCGACGGGAGUGAGGACGAAGACGGGGAGGUGGACAGUGGUUUCCGGCAGCGGCUGAUGGACGUGCUUCAGGCCGGGAAGGCGCUGGAUGCCGACGGUGAGAGCAGCAGCGAGGAACUGGAUGAUGACGCCAUGAUGGCACUAGACGCGCGCCUCUCCAGCCUGUUUGCGGAACAGAAGCUGCGGGCACAGGCCAAGAAGCAGGAGAAAGACAAGGUGCAGAAGGAAAAGAACCUUCGCUGUGACUUUAAGAUCAAGGUUCUGGACCUGGUGGAGGGGUUCCUGACCAAGCAGCCUGAAAACCCACUGGUUCUGGAGCUGGUUGAACCCCUGCUGGCCGUCAUCGAGCGGAGCAUGAGCUGCGACUCCGCCAAGCAGGAGCAGGACUUCCUGCGCAAGACAGCGGACAUCUUCACGAACCAACUGUGCCGGGCCAAGCAGUACUGCCAUAGUGUGGCGAACCAGGCUGAGGACAUCCAUGCUAUGCUGGAGCGUCUGGUGCAGCGGGCUAGCCGCCAGGUGGACUCCACCGUCGCCCUCUACCACUUCAGUGCCUCCCUCUACCUGCUCCGGGUCCUGAAGGGGAACACUGCCAAGCCACCAGCUGCCCUGUCCCCAAAGAAGCAGCGGAAAGCCAGCACCCCGCCCCAAGCAGAGGGCUCCAGCUGCCUGGACCUGGCCCGAGUGACACAGCUGUACACCGAGGCACUGACUGGCUUCCUGUCCAAGCGGAACAGCCCCCUCACAGCUGCCAUGUUUGUGGACCUCUUCACCCGCCACCCUAUGAUCUGCCAGCAGCUGGUCCCCGUCAUCCUCCCGUUUGUCACAACCGGAGCCCGGCAUUACCACCAGGCCCAGGCUUGCUUGAUGCUCCUGAAGGCCUUGCAGAUGCGGGAGCUGAGGCGGUCCCUGGAGGGCUCAGCCUGGCGGGAGCUGAUUGGGGACAGUGUCAGGCAGACCACUGAGAGUCUGAGAAUGGUGGGUAAGGCCAUGAACAAAAGCACCCACCUCAAAAUGUUCAAGGCCUUGGAGCUCCUCAUCUUCCUCAUCAAGAUCGUGAAGGAGGAGAAGCUGCCCACAAGCCUGGAGGCCCCCCUGGCCAUGCUGCAGACCCUGCGGCAGAGUGACCACUUGGGCACCACGGGCCGCCUGUCCGACCUCAUCUGGCAGGCCCUGAAGCUGCUGGGUGUCCCGCGUCCUAAGGAGGAGAAGGUCAGGGCCUCUCAGAACCAGGAUGCAGCCAGGGCCUCUGAGGAGCCGGCGAGACGGAAGCGGAAGAAAGGCUUCCUCCCCGAAACCAAGAAGCGCAGGAGGCGCCAGGAGGAGCCAGCAGCCCCCCAGGGCAGCGAGGAUGCCCCUGCCACUGCUGCCACCACCGCAGAGAGGGCAGGGCAGAGGAAGAGGAAGAGGAGGAGAAAAUCAAAGCAGCGCUGGAUGCUGCCUGGGCCUGGGGUGAAUGGUACUGGGGAGGGCCCCCAGUCACCUUCAGGGACCCCUGCCUCAGACCAGACCAAGGUCUCAAGGCCGCAGGCCACGGUGAACGGGGCACCAGGCUCUGAGGGGCGCAGGAAGAAACUCCGGGUUGGGAAGAGGAAGGAUGGGCUGGAUGCUGCUCCCCCAGCCACCCCCCUGGUGAAAAAGGCCAAACUGCCACCCGGGAGAGGCAGCGGCGGCCCCAAGGCCAGGCUGCGGAAGAAGCCAGGGCCCGAGGGUAGCAGCAAGUGAGCGGGCCGCCUGGCGCUCUGCACAUACCAGAGACUCUAUUUUUAUACCCAAUCCAAUAAAACCUGCCUCUUCCUGGC